AUGGCGAACAAGAAGCGCAAAGCCACCAAGCCGCCCGCGAGCAGGCCUGCUUCUCGACCGAAAGUCACUCCCGAGCCAAUCCCUGAGCCAUCGCACCUGACACACAACCCCUCCGAUAAGCAGUCAUUAGCUCCAGACCGCCUCUUCCACGCUCAAGUUGACGUCGAGCUAACAGCGGAGCCCAUCACCAGCAUCAUCCACAACAUGGCAGCGGACGCGUUGGCGGGCAUUGACGCCAAGGCGGCGGCUGCUGCUGCUCCUGGUACCAGCAAGAAAAUCCGAAACUUCGACUGGGCUAAUCUGGCAAAGCAAGCUAUUCUAGAUGCCGAAGCCAACGCAAAGCAGGCGGUGCUGGACUUCAUCGGACCUUUCGCCAAGCAGGCAUGGCAGCAGGGCCGUGCUGCCGAUGAAGCUACGCACGGUAUUCCGGUCGUCAAUGAGAGUGUGUUUGCCGGUGUCGAACGAGGUCUUCAGGUCGAUGAGACGGCGUUGUCUAAAAGAGCUAUGCGGACACGGUCGUCGGCAGGUCGAGUUGCUGACACGAAGGAUGCGUCGAAUGCUAAGGGUGCUGCUGCGGACGGUGUGAGUGGUGCUCAGGCCCCAGCUGUCGUCACCAACAUUGCUGUCGAAGAAACUGAGGUUCUUUGUUUCUGCCGUCAGCCUGAGCAUGGAGAGCGGAUGUUUGGUUGUGAUGGCGAGAAUUGUCCACACGAGUGGUAUCACGAGAGCUGUCUGCGACGCGUGCUGAAGGUGAAUGACUUCCCCAAGGAGGACAAGAGCUGGCUGUGCCCAUGGUGUGGCAAGUAUGGAGUCAAACGUAAGACGGUCUGA